AUGUCCGACUCAGGUACCAUCACCUCUGAAGAGCAGGCCCGUCGUGCUGUCAUCGCUGAGCAUCUUCCCGCUGGCUAUGGCACCGGCUUCGACGCCAACUUGGCCGGCUCUCCCGAGCAGUCGAGACACGCUUCCCACACGGAAGUGAACGAGAUGGACGAGCCGCAAGAAGAGUCCUCUCUGCUGCUGCAGGGUGGCGACAUCCACAGAAGUCUCUACAAGCUGGACGCUCGCGAGCGGACUCCCAGCAUCCGCCGAGCCCAGACCUUCUCCCACCCUCACCGAACCCUCGACGACGAUGACGAAUCGGUUCUCCCCGCCGACGAGAUGUUGCAGCCUCAGGGCUUCCGACGUCAGUUUGUCCUCCAGAAGCACGGCGGCGUCGCCGGCGCCAACCUGCCCAUCACCAGAAACUUUGUCGAGUUCCUUGACCUAUACGGCUCCUUUGCCGGCGAGGACUUGGCCGAUUCGGACGACGAGGCCAUCGAGGAUGAUGAAGAGGAGGACGCAGAACAAGCCGGGGAGAGGCGGCCUUUGCUGCCACGCCGCAAGUCGUCUCGUCACGUCCGAGCCGGCGAUGCCAGCACCAUGCAGACCUUCUUCACGCUGCUGAAGGCCUUCAUCGGCACCGGCAUCAUGUUCCUGCCGAAAGCGUUCAAGAACGGCGGCAUCCUCUUCUCGUCCCUCACCAUGGUCGUGGUUGCCGCCAUAUCAAUGGUGGCCUUCCAUCUACUUCUCCAGUGCCGCGCUCGCUUCGGUGGAGGUUAUGGCGACAUCGGCCGCGAGAUUGCUGGUCCCCGCAUGCGAACACUGAUCCUGGGGUCCAUCACCCUUUCUCAGCUUGGUUUCGUGUGCACAGGACUCGUUUUCGUCGCCGACAACUGGUUCUCGUUCCUCAAGGCCGUCACCCAUGGAGCCAACCCCUUGUCUUCGACAGCCCUGAUUGCCAUCCAGGCUCUGAUCAUGGUCCCGCUGUCGUUCAUCCGCAACAUCUCCAAGCUCGGCCCUGCCGCCCUGCUGGCUGAUGUCUUCAUCGUCAUUGGCGUUGGCUACAUCUGGUACUUUGACAUUUCGGCCCUCUCCGCGCACGGCAUCCACGAGUCUGUCAAGCUGUUCAACCCGGAAGCAUACACCCUGACCAUUGGUGCCUCAAUUUUCACCUUUGAGGGCAUUGGCCUGAUUCUGCCGAUUCAAUCCUCGAUGAAGGAACCCGAGCACUUUGAACGGCUCCUCGGCAUGGUCAUGUUGCUCAUCACCUGCGUCUUCACCAGCGUCGGCGCAAUGUGUUACGCCACCUUUGGCUCCGAGACGAAGAUCGAGGUCAUUGACAACUUCCCACAGACUCAAAUUUGUCAAUGCAGUACAGUCAUGUACGCACUUGCUGUCCUGGUCGGCAACGCCGACCAGCUCUUCCCGGCGCUGCGUAUCAUCGAGGGCAAAAUCUUCCAGCAUAGGUCAGGCAAGAAGGAUCUCUUGACCAAGUGGAAGAAGAACGUCUUCCGCACGAUGCUCGUCGCCCUGUGUAUCGCCAUUUCCAUCGGCGGCUCCGCCAAUCUCGACCGCUUCGUCGCCCUCAUUGGCUCCUUUGCUUGCGUCCCGCUCGUCUACAUCUACCCGCCUUACCUGCACUACAAGGGUGUCGCCGGCACCCGCAAGCAGAAGCUUUUCGACAUUGGCCUCAUGACGCUGGGUCUUGUCGGCAUGGUAUAUACGACCGCCAUCACCCUCGCCACAAGCUUCCUGUAA